GAUCUCCACAAUGGCGGUAGUUUCCAGUGUCACAGGCUUUGACUUUUGUGGUAAUUUCUCGGUUGCUGUCUCGAUCCAACUGAUUGGCUAAACAACAUAAAAAACGUCAGACUCGUCUUUUGAUUGGAGCCACAUCCUUCCAUCACUGACUGGUCGGGCACUAUGGCUGUGCUUGUUUCUUCCUAGGUCUGGGCAGCACCAUCCGGCUGGAGGGAGUGAACAUUGGCCGCUUGUUUUCUAAAUACAAGGGACUUUUUGAUAUUUUUUGUUUUUAUUCAUAUUUUCCUUUAACGGAUUUAUAUGUGUGCUGCGUAAGGAACAAGCUGAACACACGGGAUCCAAUGGGGAAAAUAAGUUGACUGCGCUGUCGGAAGAAUUAGUUUUCCUCGUUCCAGGAAAAAAAGAUAGCUCAUUUUAUCAACAUGAUUUGGAUUUCUGGAGUCUGGGGUUACGGGAAUUGUGACAUCUGAGGGAGGACAACGGUCCGUAGCCUAUUUCUACAAGACGUCGUAAACGGAAACAUUGUAUCUCACGUCUCUGUCGCGUUCUCGCUUUGCUUGAGUCUAUUUGUUCUUGCAGUCUAUUGCUACAUAAUAUGGGAAUUGUUGUUAUAUGCGGAACAUUUGAAGUCUCCCAUACUGUUCUUGCAACGCCGAAUACAAGUGGCUAUCAAGCUAGCAACUGUAGCUUGACCUAAAGCCGAAUAACUUCUGCAAACUGCAUGCAGCAAAGGCGGUGGGAACAACGGCGGUGGUGGACCAGACGAUAUGGCAAACUUGAGUACAUUUGAAAGAUGAAUGCUGUGCUAUUUCCCAUGUGAUACAUAUCGGUUUCCCUUUUCAUAUCAAUUAGGGGAAAUUGACCGAGUUUCUUCAGUGGAGAGGGGAACGCCACUUCCAACAUGAGGGAGAUCUAGGGCCGCGGAUAAUUUAUUUAUUGUGGGGGGUGCGGGUUAUUUUCUGUCGCAUUUUUAUUUAACACUUUUAACAAGGUGCACUGCAUUUACAUAUUAAUUAUUGUAACAGUUUAGUAGCCUAUCUGCUAUCAGUGCAUGUGGAAAUAAAUUAAAUUACAAGAAGUAGGUCAGAUCCGUGUAAUGAAGAGGCUGUUAGGGAGAGUGAGGUUGCUCUCAGAAUUAUAGCUGACAUGUUUAUGUAAUACAAACCUUUUCAAGAGUUUUUGAUUUUAUGCAUCGGGUCACUUCCAAAUUAUCAGUUAAACACCAUCUGCCCAAUCCCAUAGCCUACCUUCACCUGGGAUAUUAUUUUCGCGUAAAAUAAACCGCACAUUUUCACGGAUAUUUCCCUCCAUUUCCUUUCUUUUUGAUUGUUAUUGAGUGAAUGGCUCUGUGCGGAACAACGGCAGCCAAUGCCGCAAAAAUGAUGGCUGCAUACAACGGUGGCGCCUCGGCAGUUGCUGCCCAUCACCCGCACCAUCACCACCAACUACCGCAUCUCCCACCUCCCCAUCUCCACCACCAUCACCACCCGGGCCAGCAUCACUUGCAACACCCCGGAUCUGCCGCCGCUGUCCACCCUGUACAACAACACGCUUCUACAGCAGCAGCUGCAGCCGCUGCCGCUGCCGCGGUAAUGUUGAACCCGAGCCAGCAGCAACCAUACUUUCCCUCGCCAGCUCCUGGACAAGCUCCCGGCCCGGCAGCGGCUGCCGCACCUGCCCAAGUUCAAGCUGCGGCUGUCAAAGCUCACCACCACCAUCAUCAACACUCACACCACUUACAGCCGCAGUUGGACAUAGAGCCCGACAGACCUAUCGGCUAUGGAGCUUUUGGGGUGGUCUGGUCAGUGACGGACCCCCGGGAUGGAAAGCGAGUCGCCCUCAAAAAGAUGCCCAACGUCUUCCAGAACCUCGUCUCCUGUAAGAGGGUCUUCCGUGAGCUGAAAAUGCUGUGCUUCUUCAAACAUGAUAACGUGCUCUCGGCUCUCGACAUCCUACAGCCUCCACACAUCGACUACUUUGAGGAAAUCUAUGUGGUGACAGAACUGAUGCAGAGUGACCUCCAUAAGAUCAUCGUGUCACCUCAGCCCCUCAGCUCAGACCACGUCAAAGUAUUUCUCUAUCAGAUCCUCCGAGGACUGAAGUACCUGCACUCAGCUGGCAUCCUACAUCGAGACAUCAAACCUGGCAACCUCCUGGUCAACAGUAACUGUGUGCUUAAGAUCUGUGACUUUGGGCUGGCGCGGGUGGAGGAGCUGGACGAGUCUCGUCACAUGACUCAGGAGGUGGUGACCCAGUAUUACCGCGCGCCAGAGAUCCUCAUGGGCAGCCACCAUUACUCCAACGCCAUCGACAUCUGGUCUAUAGGAUGCAUCUUCGCCGAGCUACUGGGCCGACGCAUCCUGUUCCAGGCCCAAAGCCCCAUCCAGCAGCUGGAUCUGAUCACGGACCUGCUGGGAACUCCCUCUCUGGAGGCCAUGAGGACAGCGUGUGAGGGGGCCAGGGCCCAUAUCCUCAGAGGACCACACAAACAGCCAUCCCUUCCUGUCCUGUACACCCUGUCCAGCCAGGCCACCCAUGAAGCUGUCCACCUCCUGUGCAGGAUGCUUGUGUUCGAUCCGUCGAAACGGAUCUCAGCGAAGGAUGCCCUGGCCCACCCCUACCUGGACGAGGGCCGACUGAGGUAUCACACCUGCAUGUGUAAGUGCUGCUACACCACCUCCUCUGGCCGAGUCUACACCAGCGACUUCGAGCCUGUCACCAACCCCAAGUUCGACGACGGCUUCGAGAAGAAUCUGACCUCCGUCAGACAGGUCAAAGAGAUCAUUCACCAGUUCAUCCUGGAGCAGCAGAAGGGGAACAGAGUGCCGCUCUGCAUCAACCCCCAGUCAGCCGCUUUCAAAAGCUUUAUCAGUUCCACUGUGGCCCAGCCCUCUGAGAUGCCCCCGUCCCCACUGGUGUGGGAAUAGCUGUUGUCUGGGCCACGCCCCCGCGCUGGACUACUGAGGACAAGAAGAAGAAACCCCCAAACUGCGUAGCAUUUCACUGGAGUCUAGGACUAGCACUGUCCACUGUGUGUGUACUGUAAUACUAACUAUGAAGUUUUAAAAUGAACCCAACCAACCACUGCUGACUGGGUUAUGGAGGGACUUUUAGAGUGUGCUAUGUAUGCAAGUAUAUGUCCACACUGCUCUGUAGAUGCAAAGCUACAAAUGGAUGCACACACACAUGUGCAUACAAACAUCGUGCAGAGCUGGUAUAAGGGCCACCCUCAUGGGCUUGAAAGUGUGUGUAAAGCCAGGGAUGAGACCGAGGCAGAAGGCUACAGAGAGUCCUCGUAGUCUCUGCCCGCAGUCCCCGAGGGCAAUGCACAGCUCCCAUCCACUUCCAUACAUGCAUAAUCAUCAUUUAUUUAUUAAAGGAGGGAGACGGGGUCCGGAAAGGGUGUUCUUUUUAUGUAUAGCACAAGAUUUAAGACAGUACCUACUCACGCUAGCUAAACCCUCCUCCCCGAGAAAUCAUAGCGUUCAAUUAGAGAUUAUGCUUUUUAUUUAUUUGUUGUGUACUGUUAAAUAGUAUAGUCAGCGGGUUUCAAUGUUUGUUUUGUUACAUUUUUUCUUCUCUAUUGCUGUUUGUUCUGUGGCUGCUGUCCCCCGGGUUAGAAGUCAGUAUUUGUGAAGAGAUGUGUGCUCUGCAUGCCACUUGGUUGCGAUGCGUAUGGCGAGAACCCCUCACAUCCCACACGGCACACACUCGCACGACUAACCCAAAUAUGGGCAUGUGGAAGUAUGGUGCUGUGAGGGGUAAAAUGAGGUAACCCUGGAAUGUGGUUGCUUCAAAGAAUAGACAAUUAGUGGGAAAGAAGCGCCACUGAGAGCUGAAGUGAUCCUCCGCUCUGGUUAGAAGUACAGAAACAUGCUGGGGGACAGAGAGAAAGUAGUUUAGGGUACAUGUUAACAUUGUGGUAUUCAGCACAGGUUUUGUGCUACAGGAACAAGAAGGCCAUGUUGGGGUGGUACUUGGUCGUUGCAUUUUCUCUCUGGAGACGUGAGUGACCGAAUUCAAGUAAUCUGCUGUUAAACGUACCGUAUGAACAGGCAUGAUAAGAGUGUAGGGGAUACAGACAUUCACUGGUUCCCCUGCCAUGUCUGCUGAAUCUAUAGUCCUACCAUACACUGUAUGUCCAUGUUUUGUCAAUACAUACCUAGUUAAAGACAGACAAGCAAAAAUAAUUAAAUUAUUCUAAAGAGAAAGCGAAACCAAGAUUUAAAAAAAGAGAUGUUUGAUGAUACGAGGGGACGUUGCCAUUCCUUGAAGACAUUGAUUAAUUUUUUAUUCCGUAGGGUUCCAACAACAGGAGUGUGUGCGUGCUGCUUUAACGUGUGUCCUGUCACGUGCAAAUGAGUAUGUUUAACUAACUACAGUGAGUUUCUUUGGUGAGGGGGUGUGACCUUAUCAAGGGAAUGGUGUCAAAGACAAAGAUAUUACCAUCAAUGAAUAAGGUCAAUUAAAAAAUGUAUCCAGUAAUAUUAGGUCUACUUUAAGCCUCACUCCCCAUAGUGAUGUUUCAUGUCACCCACACCUGCACCUACGACAAUAAAAUAAACUCUCAGAAGAAAACUAUUUAAUAUAUUUUUAGAUUAUUCUUUUUAUUUCUUUCAGUCAACAUUCUAUGGCAUGCUUUCUCAUGAUCCACGGAAUUUGAUAUGUAAAUACAUGAAAAACAAAUAGAUUUAAAACAAAAUCUACAAUGGAGGAAAAAAUUAAUUAAAUGAAAACUCAAAACAAUACUGCUGUAUAGAAGGUGUAAUAGCCUGCACGUUUUUAGGGCAGUGCAUUUUAUUUUAUUUUUGAGACUUGCAUAUAAAUGUAUAUAUUUUAUUUAGUAUUUUUUAUGUUUUCCCCUGUACUAGAGUGUGUAGAAGACAAAAAUAAUCCAAAACAAAAAUGAUUGAGAAAACAAAUGAAAAAACACAACCAAUUAUGUUAAUUGUGUCUUGUGUGUACUGCAGAGCUCUGGAUAUAUUGAAGUAGAAGGCUUUUUACUUAUUAUUAUUAUUGUCAUUAUUAUACUAUUAUUUUAUUAUUAUUAUUAUUAUUAUUAUUUCUUCUACCUUAGAGAAACACUUUACUAUUGUGUGUAUAUGUAUAUAAAGGAAUCACAAUGUUGGUCUCUACCUCUUGAGCUCAAUUACUUGGUUUGUUUACCUCCACAAGUUUAUCAUUUCAUGUGGAGAAUUAAAAAUAAAACUUGAAUAUCCCUUACAGCUUUUAUAUAUAUAUAUAUAUAUAUAUAUAUAUAUAUAUAUAUUGAAAACUGCUAGUUUUCUUUUUCACUCAUUUGAAAAACAAUUUUAAAUUUGCCAGAGGUGGGAUCCAUCCUAUCAUGUCAUUGUAUUAAAAUACCCUAUCAAUAGCCAAGCAAUUCCAGACUGUUAGUUGACGCUGAGUCAUAUAUUUGAUAGGCUAUGACCCCCCUUGUCUCCCUGUGUAAUGUAUGUGUGUGAAGAGAUUUUGUGUUGAAAUGAAGUACAAAAACCCACUGAUGCAAAUUUUAGAUGUGUAGAAAAAAUAACAAAGCAGAGUGAAAUAUGAUGGUGUGUGCUGUGAGAGAGACUAAUUUGAACAAAAUUUGGAUAGGUACUACUUGUGCUGUCACACAUUUUUAUAAGACAUUUGAAGUUUAUACUCAGAGGUAAUGUAAUUUGAAUACAAUUUACGAUAAAUAUAUCUAUAAAGCUUUGCUUACAAGGACCUUAAAGCCAAUGUGAAGUUGAGACCGGAAAUGACUCCUCGGAUAUGCUCUAGUGUGUUGGGGAAAAUGUCCGGUUUCUAAAAGUGUAGAUUUUAAGUACAGUGGUGAAACUCAUUAAAUGUGACAUUUAAAGAACGUCA